AUGGCAAUGGAAAGCCCAACUGUAGAAGCCAUGAUAACUUCCGUGAACAUAGCCUUACCUGUUGCUGUGUUCCUGCUAAAUUCAGAUCGAGUUCAGAAACCCAUUGAGAUGUGCAGUGAAUGCUUGAUUUUGUUAAAUAACACCAACCAAAACAGUAAAGAGCAAUUUAUUUCACUACAUUACAGCGCCAUCUAUAAAGUUCUGUUCUGCGCUUAUCGUCGUAUCUCCGACAACAUAAAUGCGGAAAUGAACGGCAGGAAACUUCUUGUCCUAUGCAACCAGUCUGCUGACUUAGUAGAAGAAGGAGAUAUAAGCAAGGGUGUAGCAGAGAUAGUUGAGAGUCAAACCAGCGAAAACUUCAAAGCGAAAGAGUAUAUUGAGAGAGCCCUUGCCAUAAGAACCAAAAUUGGCGACAAAAGAGGACAGGGAUCCUGUUACGGAAAGCUAGGAGCGUUGCUUCAGUCGCUUAGUGAAUACGAUAAAGCUAAAAUGUAUCUCGAAAAAGCGCUUCUAAUCAGAAGUGAAUUUGGGGACAGAGAAGGGGAGGCAGCCGACUACGGAAACCUAGGAACUUUAUCUAUGUCGCUCGGGCAAUACGAUAAGGCCAUAGAAUAUCGAAAAAAAGCGCUUGUCAUCAAUACGGAAAUUGGUGACAGAAAAGGAGAAGCAGCUGGCUAUGGUAACCUAGGUUCUGUGUAUCAGUCGCUCGGGAAAUACGACAGGGCUAAAGAGUAUCUCGAAAGAGCGCUUGUCAUCAGAACGGAAAUUGGUGACAGAAGAGGAAUAGCAGCUGACUACGGAAACCUAGGUACUGUUGUUCACGUCGGUCGGGAAUCCCUCGGGGAAUACAACAAGGCUAAAGGGUAUCUCGAGAAGGCGCUUGUCAUCAAUACGGAAAUUGGCGACAGAAAAAGAGAGGCAGCUGGCUAUGGAAAGCUAGGUUCUGUGUAUCGGUCGCUCGGGAAAAACGACAAGGCUAAAGAGUAUCUCGAGAAAGCGCUUGUCAUCAGAACGGAAAUUGGUGACAGGAAAGGAGAGGCAACUGACUACGGAAACCUAGGUACUGUGUUUAUAUCGGUCGGGAAAUACGACAAGGCUAAAGAGUAUCUCGAAGAAGCACUUGUCAUCAGAAUGGAAAUUGGCGACAGGAAAGGAGAGGCAGCCGACUUUGAGAACCUAGGUCAAUUCAACAAGGCUAAAGAGUAUCUCGAGAAAGCACUCAUCACCGAAACUGAAAUUGGGAACAGAAGAGGAGAAGCAUUAUGUUAUGGAAACCUAGGUGCUGUGUUUACGUCGCUCUGGAAAUACGACAAGGCUAAAGAGUAUCUUGAAAAAGCUCUUGUCAUCAGAACAGAAAUUGGCGACAGGAAAGGAGAGGCAACUGAUGUCGGUCUGGAAAUACGACAAGGCUAA